AUGGAUGAUAGGUCUUGGAUCUUUAUUGAAGACCGAGUCAAUAAUCCAUACUUUGAAAAGUGUCUGAGUGACUUCCUUAAAUUUGCCUACAAAAAGAAGGAGGUUGGGAGUAGAAUAUAUUGCCCAUGUAGGAGAUGUAAAAACUCAGAACGAAGAAAGGAAGAAACUGUGCUUGCACAUGUAACAAUGAAGGGGUUUUUGACCACUUAUACAAAUUGGAUUUAUCAUGGUGAAGAUCCAUCGGACUUCAAUCAAGAAAAUAUGAACAAUGGAGUGUUUAGGCAGACUGAAAAUGAUGACAUGAAUGAAUUGCUACACGAAACACUUGGAAGAACACUUGAAGAGAAUUCUAACAUAAAUUUAGAAGAACUUAGAGGAGCCUGUGAUGAAGAGACUAAUAAGUUUUUUAAGUUGCUGAAGCAUGCCGAAACAGAGUUAUACCCUGGAUGUAAAAAUUUUACUCUUCUAUCAUUUGUCAUCAAGUUGUUGCAUGUCAAGUCUCUUUGUCGAUGGAGCAACAACUCAAUGACAAUAUUACUGGAGCUUCUCAAGGAAGUUUUUCCUGAGAAUGAAUUAUUUCCAAGCUCUUAUCGUGAUGCUUGGAAAAUUGUUAAAGACUUGGGUCUUAGCUACCAUAAAAUUCAUGCAUGCCCCAAUGAUUGCUUGAUUUAUUGGAAGGAGACAGAACAUGAAACCUUUUGCAGAAAGUGUGGAACUCCUAGGUAUAAGCAAAUUGUAAAACAAUCCGAUGAUUCAAGUGAACAAGCUAACAAAGUUCCAGCAAAGCUUGUUCGCUAUUUUCCUUUGAAACCACGUCUCCAAAGGCUGUUCAUGUCAUCAAAGACUGCUUCAUUAAUGAGAUGGCAUGAAGAGGAGCGCAUCAAGGAUGGUAAAUUGAGGCAUCCGGCAGACUCUUUAGCUUGGAAGCAUUUUAAUGACCGGCACCCAAGCUUUGCUAGUGAUCCUCGCAAUGUUCGUGUUAGACUUGCAGCGGAUGGAUUUAACCCAUUCAAAGCAAUGAACAAUAAAUACAGCACCUGGCCAGUGAUUUUAGUGCCAUAUAAUUUACCCUCAUGGAUGUGCAUGAAGCAAACAUCAUUUAUGUUGUGUUUGCUAAUUGAUGGGCCUAAAGCUCCAGGUAAUGAUAUUCACGUAUAUCUUCAACCAGUAAUUGAUGAAUUGAAUGAGUUUUGGGAUCCAGGGGUGCCUACUUAUGAUGCAGCUAGUAAGCAAAUGUUUUACUUACGUGCUGCACUACUUUGGACUAUCAAUGAUUUUCCAGCUUAUGGAAAUCUAUCUGGUUGGAGUACCAAAGGGAAGUAUGCAUGCCCUUGUUGUAAUAAAGAUGUUCGAAGUCAAUGGUUGAUGCAUAGCAAAAAACAUUGCUAUUUGGGUCAUCGUCGAUUUCUAGCUAUUGAUCAUCCUUAUCGUCUAAAUCGAGCGCAGUUUGAUGGGACAAUUGAGAAACAUUCUAGACCUGUUCGAUUAUAUGGGUUUGAGAUUUUAGAACAACUAAGAGAUUUUAGAAAUGAAUUUGGAAAGGAUCAACCAGUUUCCUCAGCUAGGAAAAGGAAAAGGAGGACUAAAGAUAAUAAUGACUUUGAACAAAGUCCCAUAUGUAGGUAUAAUUGGAAAAGAUUGAAUGUAUUCUUUCAGUUACCGUAUUGGGUGGAUAAUUUGCUUCCACAUAAUCUGGAUAUAAUGCAUAUUGAGAAGAAUUUCUUGGAGAAUCUCUUGUGGACACUGUUGGGGAUGGGCAAGACAAAUGAUGACAUUAAUGCUCGAUAUGAUCUAAAAGAAAUGGGGAUAAGAAAGGCACUUCACCCACAAUCUAAGGGUGACAAAGUGUUUCUUCCACCUGCAUGCUUCACAAUGAGCAAAGAUGAAAAAGAAAUUUUUUGUAAUGUGCUAAAAACUGUCAAGGUCCCUGAUGGUUAUGCAUCAAACAUUUCGAGGUGUGUGAAUAUUAAAGAACGACAAAUCUCUGGGUUAAAGAGUCAUGAUUGUCACAUAUUAAUGCAACAAUUGUUAUCCAUUGCUGUGAGAAGAAUAUUGCCUAAACAUGUUUGCAGAAUUAUCAUUGAGUUACGAGAUAUAUUUAGGCAAUUAUACUCGAAAGUGCUUACUGUAGCAGAUUGUGAAACUUUGGAGGACCGUACUCCACUGGCCCUUUGUGAACUUGAGAAGAUGUUUCCACCUCCAUUUUUCAAUAUCAUGGAGCAUUUGCUUGUUCACUUGCCUGAAGAGGCGAAACUUGGUGGACCAUUUCAAUUUCGGUCUAUGUAUCCUAUUGAGAGGUAUCUGUGUACUUUGAAAAAUUAUGUACGGAGUCGAAGUCACCCUGAAGGUUCAAUAGCAGAGGGCUACUUGGCGGAAGAAUGUAUGACAUUCUGUUCCAUGUACUUGGAAAAUUUUGAAUCAAAGUUGAAUUGCCCACCUAGGAACUAUGAAGGUGAAUAUUUAAAUAGACAGAUUGGCCGUCCCUUAGGAAAAGAAGAGGUCAUCUAUUUAGAUGAUGUCUCUUGGGUUCAAGCUCAUCGUUAUGUUCUUGGAAAUCUUGAAACUGUUGAUCCUUUUCGCAGGGAGCAUAAGCAUUUGCUAAAACUGGAAAAGCCACGCAUGUCAAACUAUGAAAGGGAGAAAAUUCAUAGUGAAACAUUUCACAAGUGGUUUAAGAAGCAUGUUGAAGAUUUGGAAAAAUCUAAUAGUUGCCAUGAUUAUUAUAAAGAAAUUGCUUAUUUGGCUGCUGGUCCUGAUAAAUGGGCAAAAAGCUAUUCUGGUUACAUUGUUAAUGGUUUUCGUUUUCAUACUAAGAAGCGUGAGAUGAGAAGGCAAACUCAAAAUAGUGGUGUAUUUGUGAAUGCUAGUGCCAAUAGUUUCGCUAGUACAAAGGAUAAGAACCCUAUAUCUGGAAUUUUAGAAUACUAUGGGGUCUUAGUGGAUAUUGUUGAGUUGAGAUACUCAAAUGACAUUAAAUUUUUGAUGUUCAAGUGUGAUUGGGUUGAUAAUGUCACUGGAAUGAAACAAGAUGAACACAACUUCACACUUGUUAACUUUGAUCAUAUAUUGUACAAGCAAAACACGAAGAAUGAUGAGCCUUUCAUCCUUGCCUCUCAAGCACAGCAAGCUUGGUAUGUUCGGGAUGCAUUGGAACCUGAAUGGAAUAUAGUUGUCAAGAUGACCCCUCAAGAUCUUUUCAUUAUUGAUCCAGAAAUUAACAUAUGUGAAGAUAUCCAGGAUGAGCAUUCUGCUUGGCAACAUGUUAAUAACAAUAAUUCUGAGGAUAGUAAUGUUUCAUGGGUUAGGGAAGGUGUUGAUGGAGUUAUACUUGAUGCACAAACUACAAAAUCCAAGGCACACGUUGCUGACGUUGAUGAUGGAUUCUUCUCUGAUGAGGAUAAUCUUGGGAUUGACAAUACGAUUGAUGAUACAAGUGAUGAUGAUGAUUUUUUGAUAAAGCCCAACAAGGAGACAAGGCUGAUGAUUGACUCUAAUUUUGGAAUAUAA